UGCUCCUCUUCCAGAGUCUUCAACAAUGGCUUCAAAGCUUCUGAGAAACAUUCGUCUUCUACUACCAAACCCUAACCCUAAUUUUCCGCUCAAGCGCUUGACUGUCACAGCUUGUCAAGCCCUACAUGCGAGACCUUACUCGGAUGUUACCCAACCUGUUCAAAUCGAUCCCUCAAUCCCCAAAAAGCCUCCAAUCGAUGGUGUGACCACAGUUGGUAAGAAGACUGUGAAUAGGGGUUCAAAUUCAUUGUCGUCGUCUCUGAACGAAGCUGAACUCGCUAAGUUUGCCGCCAUUGCUGAAACAUGGUGGGAUGCUGAAGGUCCAUUUAAGCCAUUGCAUGUGAUGAAUCCAACGAGAUUGACUUUCAUCCGCUCCACUCUUUGCCGACAUUUCAGAAAAGAUCCAUUUUGUGCUAGGCCUUUGGAAGGAUUGAAAAUCGUGGAUGUUGGUUGUGGAGGGGGGAUUUUAUCAGAGCCUUUGGCUCGGAUGGGAGCUACAGUGACGGCCAUUGAUGCUGUGGAGAAGAAUAUCAAAAUUGCUCGCCUUCAUGCGGAUUUGGAUCCAUUAACUUCAGCUAUCGAAUAUCGUUGCACAACUGCUGAAAAACUAGUUGAGGAGCACAGGGAGUUCGAUGCUGUGAUUGCUUUAGAGGUAAUUGAGCAUGUUGCGGAUCCUUCUGAAUUCUGCAAGUCCCUGGCUGCGUUAACUGUUUCUGAUGGAGCCACUCUGAUAUCAACAAUUAAUCGUUCAAUGAGAUCCUAUGCAACUGCCAUCAUUGCAGCAGAGUACAUCCUUCACUGGCUCCCUAAAGGUACACAUCAGUGGUCGAGUUUUCUUACUCCCGAAGAGCUAGCCCUAAUCCUACACCGUGCUUCUAUAACUGUCCAAGAGAUGGCUGGGUUUGUAUACAACCCCUUGACGGGAGGAUGGACUCUAUCUGAUGACAUCAGUGUAAAUUUCAUUGCAUUUGGAACCAAAAACAACCAAUGACAUGGUGGAAUUUGUUUGUGAUUAAAUUAUUGUUUCUCAAUAAUGUCAUAUCCACUCAUUAGCAUAGCUCUUAAUUGGAAAUUAAAAUAAAAAAUAAAAACUUGAUCAUCACGUCAUUUGGGUCAAGUAUUACGUUUAAUUUUUCUUUAAGGUUACAAUUUUGUAAGGCUUACGGUUUGGCUUUUAAAAAUGAAAAUAAUAAAGGAUUAGUAUUCCUUC